AUGACUGUCACCAUAACUAAUAUAGACAGCUGCAGUAACGCCACUCCCCCGUACGACGAGGAUUAUCUGAACAAAAAGGAAAUCAAACAUAUGUCGUUUCAUUCAUAUCUGCGAAAGAUCUUAGGGGGCAAAUCUACGACAACCACGUGCCCGCUUGAGAAGGCUGUGUGCAAAAUUAAACCUGGUUGUGUCCUGCAUCCGCCUUGGCCUGAGGGAAUCUGCUCCAAAUGCCAGCCAGACGCAGCUAUUACGUUGAACCUUCAGCGAUACCGCCACGUGGACAACAUUUCGUUUGAAAACGAGUUUCUGGUCAAUCGGUUUUUGGACUACUGGCGACAAUGUGGCCAGCAGCGGGUUGGUUACUUGUUAGGUCGUUACGAACCGUAUUACGACGUGCCGCUGGGCAUCAGGGCCGUGGUUUCGGCUAUCUACGAACCGCCUCAGAUGUCCGGUGAAAACUUUGUCCAGUUGGAAGAUGACGCGACCGAACAGCAGGUGGACGCCCUAUGCAAAGCGCUAGAGAUCCGACGGAUCGGCUGGAUAUUCACGGAUUUGGUAGCCGAGCCAAAAGGCAACGGCUCCGUGAAACACACUAGGCACGCCGACACGUAUUUGAUCAGCGCUGAAGAAUGCAUAACCGCCGGUUAUUUGCAGAAUCGCUACCCGAACGUGUGUAAAUACUCACCUGACGCAUACUUUGGGUCCAAAUUCGUCACUGUUAUCGUUUCUGGUGGCGAGGAUCACCAAGUGCAUUUCUUCGGCUAUCAGGUGUCAAAUCUGUGCGCCUCAUUGGUGGAUGCCAAUUGCCUGUUUCCAACGAUGGACGCCCCUGAGCUAGCGUAUGUCAAAGAAUCGUCCAGCUUGCAGUACGUACCUGACGUAUAUUACAAGAAGACGGACGAAUACAAAAACGAAGUGCUGAAAAUUGGCCGACCGUUGCCUGUCGAAUAUUUGGUGGUGGACAUACCAGCCGGGAUGCCCAAGGAGCCGUUGUUUUCGUUUUUCGCUGGAACUCAGUUUGAGCCUUUUGCAGUUGAAAACCGCAUGGCUUUACAUGCUCAGAGCUUGGAUGCAGUUCGCAGUUACGUUUCCCAGUUUGGAGUAAACCAAAUUAUGGAGAUGUCCUUUGAUUUUCACUUCCUGUUGUAUCUGCUCCUGAACGAGUUUUGCAAAUUUACCAUGGUAAGAGACAUUUACUGA